ACUAGUGACGCAGAGGCCCAGCGGAGCAAGGGAUUGGCUGGCCCGCGUCCGCUGCUUCCGCGCGGCCUGCUCCUCCCAGGCCUUGCCCUCCGUCUGUCCUCGCCAGUCUUCCCGCUGUGACCUUCGUUGCUGGCGGCCCCACGACGCAAAUAUCGCCAGGCUGAGUCCGAAAAAAAAGGGCAGCUGCAGCCUCUAGGUCCCGACCAUAUUAAACGCCCCCUACUCUACACUACGUUUUUGGUGCCCUGUCUUGCCCUUCGGGUGGGCUGGCGCCUAGGGCAAAGAGUUGAGAUAGGCCCAGGGAUGGGAAAUUUCGUCCAAGGAGAAUCUGACCAGCAACUCGUGACGAAAACUAACUGAGGCGCCUGGGAUUGGCUGCGCUGCGGAGGGGGGUCAGGGAAGGCGAUCUGCUCAGAUUUUCUUCCAGGCAUAGACCCUUUCCUUCAAGGGCAAGCUCCAGUAUGGGGGCACAGCACACCCUGCUCCAGAGGCACAAAGAGAGAACAUCCUACAUCAGCCACUCCUGCCCAGUAGUACGGAGGGGAGCAGAAGCUUCAGAGCCCACUCCUGCAGGACUCAUGGUACAUGGUAAACCUAGCUGCAGCCCACCUCUGAAACAGCCACAGCACCUGCCAUGAGAGAAGGAACCCUGGAAUCUACAGACCAAUUUUCCAGGUCUCUCCCCUUUCCCUUUGCUACUGUUCCCUUUCUAUGCCUUAAAAAUAACUCAGAUGGAGAAGGUGGACUCCAGAGUAUGAGUGGCACUCUGCACCCUGAGGGCUCCCAGCCUGGCCCUCACCAUGUUCGCUGUCUCAGAGGUGGCAGCGGGCAGACCUUAUGGGUGCAGUGAGUGUGGCAAGAGCUUCCGCUACAGUUCAGUGCUGCUGCGGCAUGAGCGGGCCCACAGUGGUGACAGCAGCUUCCGCUGCCUAGAGUGUGGUGAGCGAUGCGCAGAGGCCUCAGACCUCCGUGCACAUAGACGCGCUCACGCGGGCCAGACGCUCUACAUCUGCAGUGAGUGUGGCCAGAGCUUCCGCCACAGCGGCCGCCUUGACCUGCACCAGAGCGUACAUAGACGGCGCAUACGCUCCUGCCGCUGCCGAGCUUGUGGUGGAUGCUUUCCACACCUCCCGGCUCUGCUGCUGCACCGGCGCCGCUGGCACCCUCCCGAGAGGCCCCGCCGCUGUCCGCUAUGCCCUCGAGCCUUCCGCCAGAGCGCGCUGCGCUUCCAUCUGGCACGGGCGCACCCAUGGGGAACAACUACUGUGCCUGCUGACACACUCCACCGCUGCACACAGUGCUCUCGGGUCUUCCGCAGCGGCGCUGGACUUCGGAGCCAUUUGCGUGUCCACGCAGCCAGGAGCCCCAGUGACUCCACACUUCGGCAGCCAGGUGCUCCGGACACACACCAGUGUGGUGUGUGUGGCAAGAGCUUUGGCAAGAGUUCCACGCUAACGCGACACCUGCAGACGCACUCCGGUGAGAAACCUUUCAAAUGCCCGGAGUGCGGCAAGGGCUUCCUGGAGAGCGCCACACUGGUGCGCCAUCAGCGCACACACACGGGCGAGAAGCCUUACGCCUGCGGCGACUGCGGGCGACGCUUCAGUGAGAGCUCCACGCUGCUGCGCCAUCGGCGCAGCCAUCAGGGAGAGCGGCCACAUGCCUGUGCCACAUGUGGCAAGGGCUUUGGGCAGCGCUCUGACCUGGUGGUGCACCAGCGCAUCCACACAGGUGAGAGGCCCUUCCCAUGUACUGAGUGCGGCCGCUGCUUCAGCGACCGCUCAGACCUCACAAAGCACAGGCGCACACACACAGGUGAGAAACCCUACCGCUGUGAGUUGUGCGGCAAGUGCUUCACAUGCGUCUCCAACCUCAAUGUGCACCGGCGCAACCAUGCUGGCCACAAGCCCCACAAGUGCCCUGAGUGUGGCAAGGCCUUCAGUGUGGGUUCCAAGCUGGCACUGCACCGCAAGACGCACCUGGGCGAGCGGCCAGCAGAAUGUGCAGAGUGUGGCAAAUGUUUUAGCCACAGCCGCUCCCUGUCACAGCACCAGCGAGCUCACAGGCGUGCUCAUGCCUCCACUGCUCCUGCUGCCGCUGCCACUCAGCCCAAGGCAGGCACUGCACUCAUAGUUGCUGGGCAAGCAGGACAGGAAAAGCCAGGGCUUUUUUUGCCUCAGUUGAGAGAGACUUAUUGAGACUUCUCUGGAGUGGGCUAGACAAGCACUCAUACAAUGCCACAGAGACGGUGGGACAACUCGCAGACAGAGGUCUGUGGAAAGACAGCAUGGCCUAUCACCUUUCUCCAUCUCUUGGUAGAACUUCACCUGGCUUCUCACAGCGCCCCUACACCUACGACCCUUGUCAGCUCUUUGCCUGUUCUCAGUCCUUCCUUCUCCCCCUCUGAGGUGUAGGUGCAGUGAAAACCUCUCAGACCCCACGAGUAGCACAGCAUCCAAGUAUUGGUGUAAUGAAUCCCUGCUGCUGUGCUCUCAGGUCUUGCCUGUCUUCCCAUCAUUGUUCUGUCUUCUCUUAUUCCAUCUCCUUUUUGCAGCCUGAGUCCCCUCUACCUUUUCUUUCUGGGUACUUUUGGUAUCCUAUCUCUUCAGGUAAUGACUAUAGAUGUGGCUAGUCACAUUCCACCAGCCUUGUGGUCUUCUCACCUCUUCCUUUCACUUGGCUGUUAGUCUCUUGCUGCUUUUUCCCUCAGCUUCUGAGAGAUGGGAAAUUUGCAGAGAAAUAGUGGAAGAGCUCACUUUUCUGAAAGAUAUCUCCACAUCAGAAGCACUUAGAGAAGUGCUUCACAGCAUGUAAAGGUGGGCAUGAGCCCUCAGCAUGGCUGCCCACCUGUCUCAUGGGACAGACCUGUUGGUGUACAGAUCAGGGUGCUUCUCAAGAUAGAGUUCUCCAGGUAGGGGACAUUAGCCUGGGAUCUAAGACAAGACCACAUGGGUCCACAAAGCUGGGCACUGCCAAGUGGAGUGAGAGUGCUAUGUACAAGUCACACUUGGAACCACGGGGAAACAGCUCCACAGAGGCCACAGUGCAGGGUUGAAAAUUCCCUGGAAUUGGCCAUUUUUUUUUCUUGCAGGUGGUGAAAUAAAGAAUUGUUUUGAGUUCUA